AUGUGUUCAAAUUUCAACCAGACACAUGAAUCUCUGCUGUCCAGCAUCGCUUACAACCUUGCAGCUACGCAGAACCUGCAAUUGCCGUACGGCAGCUCGACCUUAGUCACAAGUAUACCAGAGCUAGUCGUAUGGUUAGAAGAGCAAAUCUCGUUGCCUUCGAGAGAGUGGCGCCCGAAAGUGGCGCCACGGCCAGUUGGGUUCUUCUCUGGUCAGGUUGGGGAUACUGUUUAUCUCGACAGGGAUAUCUACGAAUCAUGCCUUCGACUGCGAUAUCAUCUUGAUAGAUGCAAUGCUGUUCUAAGAUUGCAAGGAUUCCCAAGCCUCUACCCCAGGAUUUUCGACUUCGGCCCCAAAUCAGAUAUCGUUGCUUUACACUACAUGCUAUUCGCUAUCCAGUACUCAAGUGCGAUGACCUGGAUUGACUGUGGCCUAAAAGUCGCUGCUGUGCUCGGUCACAGCUUUGGGCUCGUGGCUGGCCGCGCAAGUAUUAUCAAAGAAAGGUGGAACCAUGAUCGCGGUGCUAUGUUUGCCAUUGAGGCCGGCGCUGAGACGAUCCUCUCUAUAAUCUCGAGAAUCAACGAACCCGGCUCAGGUCACAAGGUUGAAAUAGCAUGUUACAAUGGUCCCAAAAGCCACGUCCUCGCCGGGAGUAAGGCAUCUAUGGGAGCGCUAGAGGCGAGCCUUCAAGGUCCGAACCCUGGUAUGACUUCGAUCAUGUUCAAGAGGCUCAAUGUAACGCAUGCAUUCCAUUCAAGCUUAACAGAAUCUAUGUUACCAGAGCUAUUGGAGCUCGCAGGACGCCUCAGAAUGACAGCCCCGAGCAUUCACUUUGAAGCCUGCUCCUCGGAUGUUGACUGGGCUAUACUCACGCCAGAAUUGAUCGUGGAUCACACAAGAUCUCCUAUUUAUUUCUCGAGCGCUGUCCAACGGCUUUCUACUUGCUUUGGGCCCUGUACCUGGGUAGAAGCUUUCUCUCUGAGGUCCAUGUCCGGCCUCAUCAAGCGGAACCUCGAGCCCUCUCAUGUCGACUUUCACCAUCUUGAGACUCCACUCCUCCACCAGAAAAGCGGACUGCGAUCAAUUAUGGAGGCUGUGAUUGGUCUCUGGAAGCAGAACAAUGCCGUACAAUUCUGGCCAUUUCAUCGAAGUCAACGAUAUCAGUACGAACAUAUGAUCUUGCCACCUUACCAGUUCGAGAAGACUCGGCACUGGCUGCCACUGGCGAUUCCGUCUUCGACACCCAAGGGUCACCAGGGAAAUGAGCCUUCCGUUACCGAAGCUCCAUUGCUAUCCCUGACAAGUCCACCAGCUUCAAAUUCGUCUCCAGUCUCAAAUUUCAAGGUCAACAUCGCAGGAAAGGAGUUUCUUUCUUACGUCAAAGGACAUGCCGUCUUAGGCAAGCCCUUAUGUCCCGCUCCGUUGUAUGUGGAGAUGGUCACGAGAGCAUGCCUGGCUCUGAACACGAACGUUGUGCCGAGGAGCCUAUGCCUUUCCAUUGAGAGCUUGGAUAUCAACGCUCCCCUUGGGUUGGGCGAUACUCUUCAAGUUUCUCUUUCCCCGGAGGUCCAGACGCACCCGGCAAGUACAUGGCGGUUCAGCCUGACAAGUGUUGAUAACAGCAAUCUUACUGGAGUCGCUGCCAGGCCUAUCCUACAUGGUACAGGAUAUGUAUCAAUCGCCACCGACAAUAAGAGAAUAAAUGCUCUUUUAUCUCGCUACGAGCGACUGAUCGACCUGGGCCAAUUCCAGCAAUUGCAGAGCGAUCCCACUUCUACGGCAAUGCAAGGUUCACUGAUGUACAAUGUCUUCUCCAGCUGUCUCGACUACGCGGAAUACUACAGAGGCGUGCGCGGAUUCUGGGCCAAGGAUGGGAGUGUCGUCGCCACCUUUUGCCAAUACCUGACGAGAGUGUUCUGUUAUCUUAUGCUGUCAGACCCACUGCAAUGGACAAUUUCAUUCACGUUGCGGGUCUGCAUGUCAAUGCACCCUGCACAAAUCUGGUCAAUCACGUCUACGUCUGUGUGCAGAUUGAGGAAAUAUUCGUCAACCCUCGAUACCGAACAUUCGGACCGUCCUGGAUUAAACCAAAUGCCUCGUAUUCUCAUCCUCGGAGCUCAAUUCUCCAAGGUUGCCAGGACUUCCUUGGAGAAGUUUCUUGUACGCGCCAAUGGGCGACCCGAUGACCGCCCCGAGACCCAACAACAGCAGCAAAGACUAGCACCCGCUGCAAAUACAAGAAACCUGCAGCCCGAAUCAAAGGAGCUGACGAUUUCGAGGUUAAACCGAGAUCUAAUUCAACGCGAUGAGAACAGAGCCGCAGGAGCUAUUCGCCGUGACCCGAAAGAGCCAGUGGCAAGAGUUGCAGACGUCCCGAAGGAAGUACUCGAAGAUGACGGCCUCACACUCGAGGAGAUCGGUGUAGACUAUUUAAUGUCGAUGGAAGUACUGGGUGAGGUCAACAAGCGUUUUGGCAUCACCGUCUCCGCAGACGAAUUUGCAUGCUUGGUGACCUUUGGCGACUUGCUCAACUGCGUUGCCGAGCAGCGAGGAGCAUCAGAUGACAGCGAUGAAAAUGGCGAAAUCACGAUCAGUGAAACCAAAUCUGAGACGGGGACCCCGAAAUCGUCAUCAACUCCAACGUCCGUUACGACCAAUACUGGCCAUCUUGAAGACCAGACAGGCCUCCUUUCUUCUCUGGUGAGAGAGGACUUGGGCAACGUAAAGCUGGAUCAAGACACCAAGUUGUCGACGCGGGACUAG